CCAAUCAAAGAUCUUUUCCUUAAUUUGCCUAAUUUCCCAAAUUCUUGCGUUAAUAAAUAGAGGAAAAGGGGGAAGAACAAAAAAAUUUGAAGUAAAAGUGUCAGUCUAAGAUAUUCCGGCGCAAAACGAGGGUCAAUUUUGACAGACAGAAAAUACAGAGGAGAGAGAAAAUGACAUAGCCGGAGGAGAGAAGGAAGAAGGAAGGUGAAGGGUAUGUUUUCAUUUCUGUUUUUCCAACCUUUUCUUGCCAGUAAAUUUGAUUUGUCUCUGUAUUUUUGUUGUUGUUGUUGGUGGUGUAAUACACAAGACACAAGCAUUGUGAAAAUAAUUACUUGUAUUAUUCUCUUACCAAUAACCCACAUCACUGUUUUUUUUUCAGCCAAUAACUCACUCUCACUUUCUCUCUCAACUUUUCUUUUGUUUUUCUCUCUCUUCUUCGUGUUCUGUGAGUUUGCUUCACACUUGGGGUUGGAGGUGGGUGCGUUUUCAAAUGAUGGACUUGAAGAAAUUAUCUCUUUUGAUUGGAUCUAUUGCAGUUCAGAUUUGUUGAACUUUGUUCAAUUUUAUAUUUUUGGUUUAUCCAUAAAGCAUUGAAUUUUUAGAAGUGGUGUGUGUACCUUUUGGGUAAUCAAAGAGACGAGCCAGAUGGGUUCUCGGUUCCCAUCUCAUCAGCUCAGCAAUGGGCUUUAUGUGUCAGGACGCCCCGAACAACCAAAGGAAAGACAACCUACCAUGAGUUCAGUGCCCAUGCCUUAUACAGGAGGAGAUAUCAAAAAGUCCGGGGAACUUGGGAAGAUGUUUGAUAUACACGGGGAUGCGUCAAGGUCACGUAAAUCCGGACCAAUUAGUAGUGCCCCUACUAGGACUGGAUCAUUCGGAGGAGCUGCAUCUCACUCAGGCCCAAUCGUACAGAAUUCUGUGAAUAGGGUUUCAUCUUCAAAUGUUGGAGGUUCUGGUUCAGCUUCCAUGAAAAAAUCCAAUUCUGGCCCACUCAACAAACAUGGCGAGCCAGUGAAAAAGUCUUCGGGUCCGCAAGCUGGUGGAGGAGUCUCUCGGCAAAAUUCUGGCCCUCUUGCACCAAUUCUUCCUACCACAGGAUUGAUAACUUCUGGACCUAUUACAUCUGGUCCUUUGAAUUCAUCUGGAGCACCUCGAAAGGCAUCUGGACCCUUAGACUCCAUUGGUUCCAUGAAACAUCAUGCUGCAUCAAUUGUACACAACCAGGCUGUGACAAAGCUCACUCAGGAGGAUGAAUACUCAUUCCACAAGAGCUUUCCAAAGCUAAUUUUGUGGGCAAUGGGUCUUCUGUUUGUGAUGGGUUUCAUUGCUGGUGGAUUUAUCCUUGGAGCUGUGCACAAUCCUAUUCUUCUCAUUGUCGUGGUGGUGCUUUUUAGUGCUGUUGCAGCUGUCUUCACAUGGAAUACUAUCUGGGGAAGGAGAGCUAUUACUGGCUUUAUUGCUCAAUACCCAGAUGCAGAGCUUCGUACAGCAAGAGAUGGCCAAUUUGUCAAAGUUUCUGGGGUGGUAACAUGUGGAAAUGUACCUCUUGAGUCAUCUUUCCAAAGGGUCCCUCGGUGUGUCUACACAUCAACUAGCUUAUUUGAGUAUCGAGGUUGGGAUUCAAAAGCUGCCAAUCCCAGUCAUCGGCGUUUUACCUGGGGCCUGAGGUCACUUGAGCGGCACGUGGUUGAUUUCUACAUUUCUGAUUUCCAAUCUGGGCUGAGAGCUCUGGUGAAGACAGGCUAUGGUGCUAGAGUAACUCCAUAUGUUGAUGAAUCUGUAGUCAUUGAUAUCAAUCCAUCAAACAAGGAUAUGUCACCUGACUUUGUACGGUGGUUAGCUGAGAGAAACCUCUCUAGUGAUGACCGUGUCAUGCGCUUAAAAGAAGGGUACAUCAAAGAAGGUAGUACUGUAAGUGUGAUGGGAGUGGUUCAAAGAAAUGAUAAUGUGCUAAUGAUUGUUCCACCACCCGAACCACUGCCAACAGGGUGCCAGUGGUCAAAAUGCAUACUCCCUGCCAACCUAGAAGGUAUUGUUUUGAGAUGUGAAGACACCUCGAAGAUCGACGUUAUUCCUGUGUGAAAGAAAAGAGUAUUAUUACUAUUAUUAUUGUUAUUAUUUAGGAAUCUCACAAUCAUGAAGGUUCUGCUUAUUUUGGAAUAUUUGGGGAUUUGUUUAGUGGUGGUUGUGAUGUUCGUUUUUUUUUUUGUUAAUCUCGUGUGUAUAGCUUUUAUAUGAUUCCUUUUCAUGUUAUGGGGUUAGGGUUUUAGAUAUCUUUUGUAAUUGGGAAUGGAAUGGCAUGGCAUGGCAUGGCAUGGGUGUUAUAAUGCAAAGAAAAACCGUAUUAUGCCCGAUGAAGAUAUUCGGAAAUUUGGGUGAUAUGUUUAGAUACGUUCUUAAAACUUUGAACAUAAUUUUGAGUAAUAUCGUUUGUUCUUUA